ACGCGAACUCUCCCAUAACCUCAAAGGCCAAAGAGAGUGUUUCUUCCCACGAAAGCAAGACCUCCCUCAGUUUUUUCUCCCUCCUACAUUUAAUCAUCAUGUCUCAGCAGACCGUUGUUCUCAAGGUUGGCAUGUCAUGCCAAGGUUGUGUAGGAGCUGUAAACAGAGUUUUGGGGAAAAUGGAAGGUGUUGAAUCUUAUGACAUCGAUAUUAAGGAGCAAAAGGUGACAGUAAAGGGAAAUGUGGAGCCAGAAGCUGUUUUCCAAACUGUUUCUAAGACUGGAAAGAAGACUUCUUUUUGGGAAGCAGAAACACCAGCACCAGCACCAACUGAACCCGAAACUAAGCUCGUUGAAGUAAAGCCCACAGAAGAAAAGCCUGCAGAUACACCAGCUGAACCCGAAGCUAAGCCCGUAGACGAAAAGCCCGCAGAAGCUGUUGCUGCUGCUUGAUGAUACUGAAAUAUAAAUCAAGCUUAAAGCAGAAUGUAAUAUGUAACAGUUAAUCAGCUCUUAAAUAACGUGUUGCUGAUUUUUGCGUUUGGUUUUUCUUGUAAUAAUAUAGAUAAGAAGUCCUGUUAUCUACUGGAGUGUAUUGUUUAACUAGUCUAUUGGAUUUGCAGACUCUUGAUUGUUUCUACGGAGUGAUUUCACUAAUCAAAUGGAGAUUACGGACCCUAUUAUAUGGUUCAGGUCC